GAGAGAACGAGAGAGAGAGAGAGAGAAACAGAGAGAACGAGAGAGAGAGAGGGAGGGCGGCGGAGCUGAAGGAAGCGAAAAAACCUGCGACUCUACUUUUACUUUUCCGACUAAAAGAGCAGCGCAGGCGGACGGGCGGGUUUUCUCCACUCUGCGGGACGCUGUCGGUCGUGUGAGCGGGAGUUGGAGCCCAGAUGGCCGGAUUAUUUGGCUGGGCACAGCCCACCAUGGGGCAAGGCAACCCAUUCAUAGAGAUAAUCGAGCAGCCCAAGGCGAGGGGGAUGCGUUUCCGCUAUAAAUGCGAGGGGAGGUCAGCGGGCAGUAUUCCAGGAGAGAAAAGCAAUGAUUCCACCAAAACACACCCAGCCAUCAAGGUGCAUAACUACAGUGGCCCUUUAAGAGUGAGGAUCUCCCUGGUUACCAAAAACCAGCCCUACAAGCCCCACCCUCACGAGCUGGUGGGUAAAGACUGUAAGCAUGGAUACUACGAGGCCGACCUUCCGGAGAGACGGGUUCACAGUUUCCAGAACCUUGGUAUUCAGUGCGUGAAGAAGAAGGAUGUGGCUGAAGCUAUUUCCUGCCGCAUGCAGACGCAGAACAACCCUUUUAAUAUUCCUGAGGCUAAAGUAUGGGAGGAGGAGUACGACCUGAACGCUGUGCGCCUCUGUUUCCAGGCAACCAUCACUUUGCCCAGCGGAGAUCUGUUCCCUCUGGAGCCUGUCGUUUCUCAGCCCAUCUACGACAACAGAGCUCCAAACACUGCAGAGCUGAAGAUCUGUCGGGUGAACAGGAACUCUGGCAGCUGCAAGGGAGGAGACGAGAUCUUUCUACUGUGCGACAAAGUGCAAAAAGAGGACAUUGAGGUGCGUUUUUUCCGAGACUCAUGGGAAAGUAAAGGCUCAUUCUCUCAGGCUGACGUCCACAGGCAGGUGGCCAUCGUGUUCCGCACGCCGCCCUACUGCGACACCAACCUAACAGAGCCUGUCCGGGUGAAGAUGCAGCUCCGCAGGCCCUCAGACCGCGAGGUCAGCGAGCCAAUGGACUUCCAGUACCUGCCCUCCGACCCAGAUGAGUACAGGCUGGUGGAGAAAAGGAAGCGGACAGAAGGAAUGCUGCAGAAUCUCAAACUUGGCAACAUCCCACCAGCUCCCAUGACCGACAGAAGGCCGUACAAUACCGCAAGACGGACAUUUACAGCUCCUAAACCUUCAACUGCCGCAAAUGUUUCUCCAGCGGUAAGUGCAGUGGCUGCGUCGUCUGUUCCUGCAGUGAAGACUCAGCCUUUUUUCAGCGCUGUUCCGGGUCAUCUUUUCGCUCAGCCUAAAGUAGAGCCAACACCAGCACCCUCUGCUGGAGAUACAUGGAAGUUUCUCAACAGUCUGACUGUGCCUUCAGCUACUCCGGCCGCCCCUUCGCCAGUUUCCCAAGACUUCCACACUGUAAAUCUCUCCGACCUCCAUGACUUCUCCUUCAGCAGUUUCCCUCAGUCUGCUCCAGAACAAGCUGACAAUAGUGCCAGGAGGGACGGACCUGGAAGUAAUGUAACUGGAGUUUCAGUGACCCAAGAAAUCCAGAACAACUUCAAUACCCAGAGCGGUGCGCCCUUCAGGGAGGAACCCCACCCGGACGACAUUGAUCUCCCAGAGUUCCCAAGCUUUUCUGAAGCUCAGACAUCAGACGUGGACAACAUCAACAUUGAAGAUUUCCAAGCACUGCUGGGCCAGAGUGUCCUGGCUGGAGAAGGAGUGUCCGGCAUUGGGAAUUCUGCUUCUGCCAGUUCAACGGCCACUCCAGCCGCAGACACUAUGGCAAGCAAUGGCUCAAAUCAGGUGGGGAAUAACAUGGGAAACAAUGCAACUACAUGGAUGAAUUUUCCACCAAGCAUCGUCAACCUGCUGCAGAGCGAGCAGAUGGCGAACGCCCAGCCUGUUUCCGCUGGCCCUGUAGGCUUCGACGACAUUGAUGUGAUAACCUCCAUGGACGAAGAUCGCCUCCUGUCCAUCUUUAACAGUGGCAGCCAGGUCAGCUUUCUGUCUGGACAUCCAACUUAGGUACUAUAGACGUGUGACCUGUUUGUUCUAUACUGUCACAUCUGACUGUUCAAUCGACUUCAUCCUUAUAUCAAGUCUGAUUUGUGAUUUCUUUGCCAAGAAGGCAUCAUUCAAAGAUGAACAGAGCCAAACUCCAAGAAGGGAAAAGGAAACGGAAUACGAGAAAAUGAGGCCAGCCCCGGUUUUCUUGUCCUGUGUAAUAUAGCAUAGAUUCUUCCCUGUGCCUGUGCAGGUUGACCAACAAAUUUGGAUAGCCACAAAGUGCUUGGAGAGGACCGUGUUGAAGAUGAAACUCCUCAAGGCAGAUUCACAUUCUCAUUUCUCUUUUCAAAUUAUUUUUAUAAAAACAAGGUGUUAAAACAAUGGAUAUCUAAUGGGAAAUUACUCUUUCAAAUCUUGUGAAAUUAUACUUGACACAAUAUUAUAUUGUGAAAAUAUCAUAGUGCCUCUGGAGCUGGGACACCAAUCUGGGACACCAUCUAUUUAGCCACUGAGAAGUUAAUUACUUUGUUCUUGAUCAGCUGUAUACCCAAAAUAUUUGAUACCAACAACGUGUGAUACUGACUUUAGUACAUAAUGAAGGUCCACCAAGUUGAGCGUUUCUUUAGAACUGUAUGAAAUGUAAAGGAAAACGAUUAUUACAGUAGUAGGUACUGAACCUGCUCUGGUAAGUGUAAUGAAACCCUGAGAAGUCUGUGAAGCCACAGCUGCUCGGAGCAGAGGCACUGGAAGUGAAGGUGCUGAGGGGGCCGCAGCAUUCACAGAUUUCAGCAUAGUUUGAUUGCAACUGCUAAAAGUAAUUAUUAAAAAAAUAUGGCGUUUUAUUUAUGUUUUAAAACCUGCAGUAGCUGUGCACUGUUUAAGGUACCACUGCGUUAUUACAGUAAGCCAAAUUGCUUGGCUGCUUCGGGGAUGUAUCAAAAAAACACAAGCAAGUUUAGAAGCCCAAUGUUAAAAUAUGUGCAGAAACUAUUACAAUAAUUUAUACCACCACAUAUCAACAAUCUGAUUGGUUGCCGCUCAGCUCAUUUGCAUUAAAUUUGUCCAGAAGAAAAGGGGGCAGUGUGAACAGGGCAUGUAUCAGCAAUUCGCUGUGUCAAUUUUAUAGGUAUGCUGUCGUCUCAUUAUAGCACACGCACAAUUUAAAUGGCAAAACUAAAUUGGCAUAUAAUUUUACGCGACAUCACUGUAUACUUCACGUAUAUGCUGCUUAAAAUAUCAGCACACUCAGCAUAACCCCUUAAACAUUAUGGUCUCAUGUAGGCCCACACUUAAAUUCCUCACUCUCACGUCAUUUACAUGUCAACUUACACAUUACCUGAAUAUUAAGUCCACAUGUGUCACAUAUUCUUUGAUAACUUCAGAAGGAUCAGACAUAGAGACUUGCUUUGAGUUGCAUUUUGCCACAGAAUCCAGAAUCCUUUUUUUACAUAAAAAGAAAGUCAUAUAUGAAAAUAUAUGAAAUAUUAUGCCUUUUUUGGGGGGAGGAGGGGUGAUAAAAGCACUUUGUGUUUAUUUAGUUGCAGCAGCUAGAAAACAAUCUGAUCCAAUCAGAAAGUUCGUUACUCAGCCCACACAGCCAGUUUUCCAUAAGCAUCGUAGUGUUUAGACAAUCUUAACUGGUAGAGGGAGUGUUGAGCGUAAUGCUUUAGGGAACGCUGGCCGUUUAGUCGUUCACAAUAUAGUUGUGUUUGUCACCAAUGAUUUAAAAACAUGGAAGGGUCUGAUCUCAUCUCAACAGUAAUCCUGGACCAUCCAUAUCAUCACAUAUUUUAGACUAAAGCACGGUAUCAGGGAGGAAAACGAUGUUUUUUUUUUGUUUGUUUUUUUUCCCUGCUUUGCUCUGUUGAACAGUGCAUGAUGACACAGCCAAAAAUAAUAUUUUUAAAGCAGGCAAAAGUCACUACACUUCAGUUACAGGAAACCAAGAAUUUUGUCUCUUAAUUAGCAUGAUACAAUAAAUUGUGCAUAAUAUGACGGUGGAUGUGAGCUAACAAGGUAAAAAACAACUCUGCUUUGACUUGGGGUUGACUAGUUACUAAAUAAUAAGCCUGUAGUUCAAGAGGUUAAAACACUCUGUGUUUUAAGUACAGCAAGGCAUGGAUGGAUGGAAUUCAGUUUCCAUAUAUAAACAAUAACUGUUCUAACUAAAAGCCAUUAGGCUUAGUUUAAGCUACAAUUUUUGAAAAAAAAAUUGAAAUUGAAAAAAAAAAAAAACAACUUUU